AUGUCCACAGCUGCAGAUCCAGCUGUUGACAGAUCUCACGCAUCAGAGUUUGUUGUUCGACGGGUACGCGAGCAGCAGCAACAACAACAACAGUCCUCGGACGCAGGCUGGCGACCACCAGUUCCAUCUGCCACUACAUCCACCAUCAACGGUACGACGACGAAUACAACAACAACGAUGAAGGAAUCCGCCGGUCUCGACCCCUCCAACUACCCCGGAGGGAAGAAAUCGCUGUCCGGGAUCGCGAUCCGGGCGUUCCUGCUUGGCGUCAUUCUGGGGAUCUGCGCGACCGUCACGAUCGUCCUACUCGUCCUCUCGAUCCCGCUCUGGCGCGUGCCCUUCUUCCUCGCUUCUCUCUGCCUGUUCCAUUUCCUCGAAUACUUCAUCACGGCGCGGUACAACACGCGACAUGCGUCCGUGUCGGCCUUCCUGCUCAGCUCGAACGGGUGGGCGUACAACGUGGCUCAUGGCUCCGCCAUCGCCGAAUGUCUCCUGUCGCACCUCCUCUUCCCAGAGGGAUACUCGAAGUGGACGGCCGCCGUAACGGCCACGAAGCUGCCGCUCGUCGUCGGGCUGGUGCUGAUGGUCGUCGGCCAGAGCAUCCGCACGCUCGCCAUGGCGCAGGCAGGCAGUAACUUCAACCACACGGUGCAGGUCGAGCGCAAGCAGGGCCACACUCUCGUGACCGGAGGCAUCUACAGUGUGCUGCGCCAUCCCAGCUACUUUGGCUUCUUCUGGUGGGGGCUGGGCACGCAGCUCGUCCUGCACAACGUGACCUGUUUCUGCGCCUACGCGAUUGUCCUGUGGCAGUUUUUUGCCUCUAGAAUACAGCGAAGCGAACCCGUGUUGGAAUUCCAGGGAUUCCAUGAUCAAAAACAAUCAGGGAUGAAAAAGGAAGAAAUAAAAACGAUUUCUUGUCUUUACUAA